UCGGCCUUCUUUGCCAUUGGCUGUCGCAGCGGUAUAUAGUACGUCAUUUCCGGCCGCCGGUCCUUUGCGCGCUGCUCAGGGAGGGGUCCAUACGGCUUUGUUCUUGAUUCCCGUCGUAACUUAAAGGGAAACUUAACACAAUGUCCGGAGCCCUUGAUGUCCUGCAAAUGAAGGAAGAGGAUGUCCUCAAAUUCCUUGCAGCAGGAACCCACUUGGGUGGCACCAACCUUGACUUCCAGAUGGAACAGUACAUCUACAAGAGGAAAAGUGAUGGUAUCUACAUCAUAAAUCUGAAGAGGACUUGGGAAAAGCUGCUAUUGGCAGCUCGUGCCAUAGUUGCCAUUGAAAACCCUGCUGAUGUCAGCGUCAUCUCCUCCCGGAACACUGGCCAGCGAGCUGUUCUGAAGUUUGCUGCUGCCACUGGAGCCACUCCAAUUGCUGGCCGCUUCACUCCUGGGACCUUCACUAACCAGAUUCAAGCAGCCUUCAGGGAGCCACGUCUUCUGGUGGUGACUGACCCCAGGGCUGACCACCAGCCCCUCACAGAAGCGUCUUAUGUUAACCUGCCUACCAUCGCUCUGUGUAACACAGAUUCUCCUCUGCGCUAUGUAGACAUCGCCAUCCCAUGCAACAAUAAGGGAGCUCACUCAGUGGGUUUGAUGUGGUGGAUGCUGGCCCGGGAAGUUCUGCGCAUGCGUGGUACCAUUUCCCGUGAGCACCCAUGGGAGGUCAUGCCUGAUCUCUACUUCUAUAGAGACCCUGAAGAGAUUGAGAAAGAAGAGCAAGCUGCUGCUGAAAAGGCUGUGACCAAGGAGGAAUUUCAGGGUGAAUGGACUGCACCGGCUCCUGAGUUCACUGCAGCUCAGCCAGAGGUGGCAGACUGGUCUGAAGGCGUGCAAGUGCCCUCUGUACCUAUCCAGCAGUUCCCUACUGAAGACUGGAGUGCCCAGCCAGCCACUGAGGACUGGUCUGCAGCCCCCACUGCUCAGGCCACUGAGUGGGUUGGAACAACCACUGAGUGGUCGUGAGCUGUGCUGCAGUCACCUGAGCAGGAUGGAAAGAAGGUAGAUGGAAAAUAAAAUGUUUCUAAAAGCUG